GCCCGGGCAUGGCGGAGGUGGUGGAGUUCCGGGUGCCGACCGGGAGCGCCCAGACGUUGCUGGUUUGGGGGCUGGAGCCGGCGCCGGGCCUGGAGCAUUCCCUUUUUUCAGCAUUUUCCAAAUUUGGGCCGCUCUACUCAGUGCGAGCACACAGAAACGCUGCUGUAGCAGGGCCUGGGUAUUACGCUGUUGUCAAGUUUUAUUCGGCUGGAGAUGCCUGCAGAGCCCAGCGUGCAUGCAAUGGGCAAAGACUGUUUCAGAAGUCUCCCUUGAAGGUUUGUGUUUGCACCAAGCAGAAAGCAUUUCAGCAGCAAGUUCUCGCUCUCAAUAGCAACAAGUGCCAGGAACUGGCCAACCACUACCUUGGCUUUAAUGGCUGGUCCAGUCGCAUCAUCACACUGCAGAAUGUUUCUGGCUUUGAUGAGAACGAGGAGCUGGGAAAGACAUUACAGAAGCGAUCCCUUAAAUAUCUGUGUGCUGUAGAAGUAACAAUGCCCAAACAUGGGGUAUGCACCAGGGGAAUUGGCCUCGGUGAAGCAGACAUAGAAAAUGGUGAAGAUCCUCUCGAGUUUGUCACAACCACAAGAAGGGUUCAGAAAUUUGCAGUUGGGAAAGCUUUGUCUAGCGCUUUUCAGAAGAUACUCCUCGUGGUUUUAGACAAUGGUAAAGUGGUUGUGGAGUACAACUCCACCCAAGAGGAGCCCACAGACUCUUUAACAGAAGAGGAACUGAAAGAGCUUAUUCAGGUCAAUGAAUUGUCCUUGGAACAGUUUGACUUCGAAGAAGAAGAACUUUUGUCUGAUCUCAGUUUUGAUGAUAAGCUCCCUCAACACGAAGUGCUGUCUAAUUAGAGUGGCCUGGGUUUUAGAUAUUUUCCAAAAGUGCUGCAAUAUCUGACUGAGAGUGAAAGUCCAAAGCUGUGAAAUGACAUGUGCCUCAUAUCCAACACUUUCUUUUUCUCCAAAUGCGUAACACUGAAAGAAAUGGGCAAUAAACCUAGUGUUACUAAAAUUAAGCCCCAAAACAUAUGCCAUUUUUUGGAGAAGAAAGUGUUUUCCUGUCAAUUUAUCCAGGUCAGCUAUAUAUGGAAAUCAGCUUUAGCUGUAUGAUUAUUAUUUAGACAGCAUACCAGAUGUGCAUAGCACUUCAAAAUAAAACAAACAGGCCCUUCCUGGAAGAGCUACAGUGCAGGUUAGAUCUGAUCUGCAAGAGAGCACCAGAGAUGGGUGGAAAUAGCUGUCUUACCAGCAGGAGUAGCUGUAGGACUUAGACAUGUGCACACAGGCACAGAAAAAUGUAUUUCUGUAGGUAAAAUUUCUUCUAAAGAGAUAAGCCUAAGUUCUGUGUUGAUCUUUUGAACCAAGUAUCUGGGACAUUAUCGUGAUGUAAAGCAAAGGUUCUUUUUAAAGCUGUGAACAUAUGUUUUUCCUUAAAUUAAGUAAAAUCGUAUUUUGUA